CCGAGCCAGUGCAUAGAAAUGGAAAGCCAGAAGAGAAGAGGACUGAGCACUGACGAUUUGAUAUCCCAGCGGACGGGGGCCCUGGGGUGCUGCGGGUGGGUGCUGGUUAUUCUCUCCGGUCUGUUCACGGUGGUCCUCUUCCCCCUCACCAUCUGGUUCUGCCUCAAGAUUGUCCAGGAGUACGAGCGUGCCGUCAUCUUCAGGCUGGGCCGCAUCACAGACCGGAAAGCUAAAGGGCCAGGAAUUUUCUUCAUUCUGCCCUGCACUGAUUCCUUUGUUAAAGUGGACCUGAGAACAGUGUCUUUUGACAUCCCACCUCAAGAGAUCCUGACCAAAGACUCCGUUACGGUCAGUGUUGAUGGAGUGGUGUACUUCCGGGUCAGCGACCCCAUCUCCUCUGUUGCCAAUGUGUCCAAUGCAGACUUUUCCACCCGUCUUCUGGCCCAGACCACCCUAAGGAACGUCCUGGGAACCAAGAACUUGUCUGAGCUUCUGUCGGACCGCGAGGGCAUCUCCCACAGCAUGCAGAGUAGCCUCGAUGAGGCGACGGACGAAUGGGGGAUCAAGGUGGAACGUGUGGAGAUUAAGGACGUGAAGCUCCCCCAUCAGCUGCAGAGAGCCAUGGCUGCUGAGGCAGAGGCUUCACGAGAGGCCAGAGCCAAGGUGAUUGCAGCGGAGGGUGAGAUGAAUGCAUCCCGUGCCCUGAAGGAGGCUUCCCUGGUGAUUGCUGAGUCCCCGUCCGCCCUGCAGCUUCGCUACCUGCAGACGCUCAACACCAUCGCAGCGGAGAAGAACUCCACCAUAAUCUUCCCCCUCCCCAUGGACGUCUUGAGCCACUUCAUGAAGAAGUGAGGCCAUCCACAUUUGCCCCAGCCUCUUGUGACUUGGACAAGUCAAAUCUCUGGCACUCACUGUCCAAGACCAUGGCUGAAGUCAGAGCUGUCGAAAAGAAAAGACCAGCAGGAUGCAGGGUUAUUUGAUAAUCGAUGGGUUUAUUGAGUAUAAUGAAUUUUUUUAUAACAAUUUAAAUAUGAAUAAGGCGGCUUUGGAAGGAUGACGUGUAUGUAUUCUAUGUAUGCGUUUUGAUACAGUAUCCGAUGAACAUAUCUUUUUUUGCAUUUAUCACUGUGUUGAAAUUAUAAGAGGACUAGUUUUUUAAGAUCUAUACAUAUCUAUAGCUAUAUAUAAUUCAUCAAAAGUACAAGUGGAGAGUUAUCAAAGUAAUUAAAUGGAACUUAUUAUCUUUUGAAUGGUCUUUUUCAUCUCAGUUCUAUUACCAUCCAUACGCAUUUAUUCAGUGUUAUUCGUUCAUAUGUUGUUAUUUUACUAGCCAUUGGCCAGGCCUUAAGUCACUAUGAUGUGAAUUAAAGAGAUAAUCCUCUUCUGCACUCUGAGUUUACCCCAAUUGUGUCUUAGCAAUGAUAAUAUCUGUUCCGGUGGCAUCUGGACACUGCUUGGCAUCCUCCUCAUCAUAUUCUUCAUAUAUUUUAUAAUUCCAUUAUAAUUCUGUUAUCCUCUUUCAAUGUUGUCUUCUGUAAAUUGUGUAAACACAACAUCCAUUGCACGUCUGUCCGUCUUGGGAGGGAGAUCCCUCCUCUUGCUCUCCCUGAGGUUUCUUCCUAUUUUUUGCCCCUGUUAAUGUUUUUUUUUUUUUUUUUUUUUUAGGGAGUUCUUCCUUAUCUGAUGCGAGGGUCUAAAGACAGGUUGUUGUGUUGCUGUAAAGCCCCCCGAGGCAAAUUUGUGAUAAUGGGCUAUUCACAUAAAACUGACUCGACAUUGUUUAUGAUAAAUGGCAACCAAUUGACGUCACUGCUCAAUCAGAUGGUUGGGUGAAGAUUCUCGUUUAUUUCAAUAAAAAUGUUAAAUAUUUAUUGAACCUUCUCAUUAUACAGUAUAUUGUAAGUUUAACAUAAAUGAAUGUAUGUUAUGAAUGAAUGGUCUAACGAAAAACUAAUUUUCUUGCUUUUUACAGUUUGAUCUUUGUGAUUAUGCAAAUAAACACAAAAAGAAAACAUUCAUGUAUGUUGUAUGUACAUUGGCUUAGAGAGGUGUUAAAUAUGGUGGAAAAUAUUGGGGCCAA